CUCAGGAUGGAAAGGGAAAACAUUGAAGGGGCGUAAGGAUACGACGGAGCUACACGUCGCUAGCAGGUGCACAGCGCAAGGAAAUCACAAAUACGGGUGGAACGAUGGUAUAGCAUAUGGUGGUUUCCCGUUUCAAGUGACGGAAGACACGUCUGCCACAAAUCAUAACCCUGUGCUUUCGCUAGAAUAAUGUCACGAGCACGUACUAUCUGCUGACCUCUUUUCUCCAGAGUGACUGCGGUCUCUGCACAUAGAAGCCAUUCACUCUACUACCAACAAAAUGUCAGGUACCUACACACCAGCCCCCGGUGGGCCGUUUUCUGCUCUCACCCCAAGCAUGUGGCCCCAGGACAUCUUGGCCAAGUACCAUCAAAAAGAUUCCUCAGAACAGCCUGAACUCCAGUAUGACGAAUUUGGCUUCAGAAUGGACACUGAAGAUGGUGUGGAGCCCAGAUCCUGGCUGGGCAGUGAAGGCUCACCCCAGCGUGAAGACCCCCAACAGCGAUUGCGCUGGCAAGCCCACCUGGAGUUUACCCACAACCACACGGUGGGCGACCUGACCUGGGAGCUCAUUGAUCCUGUCCUACCACGCUCUGAGCGUCUGCGUUCCUUGGUGCUGGGGGGCAUACCUCACAGCAUGAGACCACAGCUUUGGAUGCGUCUCUCUGGAGCACUGCAGAAGAAGAGGACCUCUGAGAUCUCUUACAGAGAAAUCAUUAAGAACAGCUCCAAUGACGACUCCUCCACAGCAAAACAGAUAGAGAAGGAUCUGUUACGGACCAUGCCAACCAAUGCGUGUUUCAGUAGUCUGACCAGUGUUGGAGUGCCAAGGCUGAGACGGGUACUAAGAGGCCUAGCCUGGCUAUACCCAGACAUUGGGUACUGUCAGGGUACCGGCAUGGUGGUUUCUUGUCUGCUGCUUUUUCUUGAGGAGGAGGAUGUGCUAUGGAUGAUGUGUGCCCUGAUCGAAGACCUCCUUCCUCCAUCCUACUUCUCCUCCACUCUCCUGGGCGUCCAAACGGACCAGAGGGUUCUCCGCCAGCUCAUUGUUCAGUACCUGCCAGCCCUCGACCGCCUUCUGCAGGAGCACGACAUAGAGCUGUCGCUGAUCACACUCCAUUGGUUCCUGACAUCAUUUGCCAGUGUGGUGGACAUCCGUCUGCUCCUUAGGAUCUGGGAUCUCCUCUUCUACCAAGGCUCAUUGGUGCUCUUCCAGGUCACACUGGGCAUGCUCAAGAUCAAGGAGGAGGAGCUUGUAUCAUCAGAGAACUCUGCUUCCAUUUUCAAUACUCUGUCUGACUUGCCAAGCCAGCUGAGAGAUGGGCCUGCAGUACUUGGGGAAGCUAUGAGGCUAGCAGGGACACUGUCCCAGGAGACUCUGGAAGCCCACCGGCACAAGCACCUAGCCUAUAUCCUAAAUGAACAGGCACAGCUCAACAAUGGAAACAAUACAACACUCAACACAAAUCUCAACAAGGUUGUGAGGAGACAGUCCCUGCGCAGGAAGUCCACACUGAGCUCCCUGCUGUUUGGGGAGGAUGAGGCAGAGGCCUUAAAGUCCAAGAACAUUAAGCAGACAGAGCUGGUGGCUGCACUGCGAGAGGCCAUAGCCCGCACUGCAGAGCACUUCCACUGUUUAGACCCACGUCACUCCAGUACUGACUUGACUCCUGACUACUCCAUGGAGAGCCACCAGCGAGAUCAUGAAAACUUCCUUGUUGUGUCCCGCAAUCGGCGGAGACGAGCAAAAGCUUUGCUGGACUUUGAGCGUCACGACGACGACGAACUGGGCUUCAGAAAGAAUGACAUCAUCACUAUCAUCUCACAGAAGGAUGAACACUGUUGGGUAGGAGAACUUAAUGGCCUCAGAGGCUGGUUUCCAGCAAAGUUUGUGGAGAUCCUAGAUGAAAGAAGCAAAGAGUACUCAUUAGCAGGUGAUGACUCUGUGACAGAGGCAGUGACAGACCUGGCCAGAGGCACACUGUGUCCUGCCCUUAAGGCCAUCUUUCAGCAUGGUCUCAAGAAACCGUCUAUAUUGGGAGGGCCCUGUCACCCUUGGUUAUUCAUAGAGGAGGCGGCCAGUAGAGAGGUAGAGAGGGACUUCAACUCUGUCUACUCGAGACUGGUGCUAUGUAAAACCUACAGGUUAGAUGAAGAUGGAAAAGUACUAACGCCAGAGGAGCUGCUAUACAGAGCGGUGCAGUCAGUCAACAUGAGCCACGACUCGGCACAUGCUCAGAUGGACGUCAAGUUCAGGUCUCUUGUCUGCGUCGGCCUCAAUGAGCAGGUGCUGCACUUAUGGCUGGAGGUGUUGUGUUCCAGCAUGGCUGCUGUAGAGAAAUGGUAUCAUCCCUGGUCAUUCCUUCGCAGUCCUGGAUGGGUACAGAUCAAGUGUGAGCUCAGGGUUCUAUCAAAGUUUGCCUUCAGCCUCUCCCAAGAUUGUGAGCUACCUGAAAAGAAAGAGGAGAAGGAGCAGAGACCAUUGAAAGAGGGAGUGCAGGACAUGUUGGUGAAACAUCACCUCUUCAGCUGGGACAUUGAUGGCUAGACAGACGGCAAAGAAACAGCCGAAUCCUACCCCCGUCCUGUGCGUCUGUGUAUAUUUGAUGUCUUCUCACUUGUUUCUUACAGACUGUCAAACAUAAAUUAGACACCAUUGUCUGCUACAGUAAGUGGCUACUUCACAGACCCUAUCUGUCACAUCACCCCUCAGCAUUAAACAAUGGUGACAACCUAAUAAUGAUGACUCUGAAACUCUCAGGUCACCAUGAAGGUCAACUGGUUUGUAUGUGCUGAAAUGUGUGCAUUAAGGUGCAUACUUUAUUUUUAUUCAGACCCAGUAUAGGAGAUUUCACCUAAUAUUUAAAAUGAUAUAAAGUUAUAAAAGUCAAACACUCCUGUCGUACAGAAUAGUCUGUACUCACUGGACUGGAACACUCAAGUAUUUCUUAAGUACUGACUACACAGCCUUUUAUAGCUGAUUUGUGCAGGAGACAUUCAGUCCAUGCUCUUUGACUGGUUGUAUGUCGAAGUUAAAUGCAGCACCAGCUGAUCACGAACGCUGGGCCUUUUACCUCGGUCUUAAAUUCCACAUUACCCUGUAAAUUCCCCCAAAAUUAAGACCAAAACCAAACAUUCCUAAACAUGGAGCUGUACAGUUACAAACUAUUUUUGAGAGGAAUACUACUUACCUCAAUAUCAUGACUUCCCCAAAAUAUUUCAUGAAAUACUAAUGUUGCACACGCCAAGUAAAGCCUUUUCAAAUUGUGAUACAAGACUAUGGGUAUGUGUGCUACCUUAACAGUGGUAGUGUGCAGUCUGCACUUGUAUUGCACAAUGUAAAUGAAGGAGAUAAAUACUUUUUGUGUUACAAUCUACACUAAAUAAAUGUUACAUAUAUAUAUAAAUAUGUAUAUCAUCUAUAAUUUGUAAUGUUUUUGUGUAAAAAGUAAACACGUCUGUUUGUAACUAAACGUAACCUUGCAAGCUAAAGCAACUCAGCAUACGACUUUAUCAUUUUUUUUUUUCAGUUUCCAAACUGACCUCAGCUCAGACUUAAAACUGCACAUGCAUCAGAAAACAGGGUGGGCCCCCUGUUACUCAUUCUAACUGUGGACCAGUCCUGAUAAUGUUGGACUGUAAGUGAGGACUUUAGAGGGUUGACAUAUCAACAAAACUGAAUUAAUUUUGAUUAUUUUGCAAUGCACAGGAAACUAAAGUUUAUGUUCACUUGUUACAUUUCAGCUUGUCAGAUUUUGGAUACUUACUGCAUACAGUAGCAACAAAUGUGUAGUAUUGGUUGUUAUUCUUGGCAAGUUAAUCAGAUCUUGCAGAUGUAAAGCUUGAAACUGUUGUGUAAUUUCAGUGAAGAUUUUUUUUUUUUACUACUAUCAUUUUCUGUAUCUUUCCCAUGUGCAGUAAGCACAAUCAAUUUAGUUGAUUUACAUGAUUGUAGCUACUGUAGCCUGUGUAAAUCACAAUAUACUGAUCAGUAACUGAAAUACAGAGGAAUAUUCUGCUCCCUGGUGUCUGCUCAGAGAAACUCCAGCCAUCAGUUCCCACUCUCCUGCUGUAACAUGUAGACCUGAUGAGGCAGACAAGGCACUCCUAGCCUUAUUGUACAUAACAUGAAUUACAGUAUGUUUGAGGAGAAAAACACGACAUUGGAAACCCAUCCCUUCUCCUGUCGAAUUGAAGUUAAAUUAUUUUUACACAACAUUAAUAUUUUUAAUGGAGACUGAGGAAAUUUGAGAUGAUGUACACAUAGAAAAAGAAGCACUGUUGAAAAGUUCAGUAAAAGCCUGUUUAUUAAUGGUCAGUUUUUUUAGCGGCAAAGUGUGUUUAAAAUGUCACAACAUGUUAACAGCAACAGGCCUUAACGCAUGGGGUACUAGAGUUACAAGUAGCACUGCAAGUACUGCAUGAGCAGCUGUUGGAGUGACAAGAUUAUGUGCUGUAUUUGUUUGUACUAACACUAUUGGUAUAAGGUGUGUACAUGGACGACUGACAGUGGAAGCAUGAUAAGAUACUACUGAAUCUAAGAGCGCGGAUGAGAGUAGGUGGAAAGAUAAAAGACCAUCCAAAAGUCGACGUUCUGCAUGUAUGCCAAAUAAAUAACUGACAAUUAUAAAAA